AUGAUUUCAAACGCUUGGUUUGACAAGCAAGCGGUGCAACGAGAGAAAGAGCGAGAAUCGGAAAAUUUACGGGAUGCUUUAUGCAAAGCACUUUCACAGCGUCAAGUCCAAGCAACGGAGCGCGCUCGGCCAUUUCGGUGUGAUUCGAUAAUCGAUCGUAUCAAUGACAUUCUCCCAGGAAACAAGCAAAAGUUCUUAAAGCAACAUCCGAAUUUGGUGGCCUCUGGGAGAACGAUAAAGCAAUUGAUCAUGGUUCCAUUCCACAAUCGUCGUCUCGACAUGUUGGCGCAUCGAGUUGGCAACACGAUCUACGUGGAUCAUCUGGAAUUGCCGGGGAAUCAGAAUGAUUCGAAAUCCUUUGAUCAACCGGCUCGGCGAAACGAUUUAGCUGAAGCUUUCAUUGCAUCAUGUGUCUCAAAUGUUGACACAAAAAUUGAGGAAACUUGGCAAGGAUUGACACAAUCACAAGAAGAUAUUUGGGAUCUAUCAAACGCAGUGGCUUUGAUGAACUUGCAAGCGAUAAUCUCAUCAUCAAGCUCAAUGAAGCAAACAUGGCCUCGACCGAGAUCACUUUCUUAUCGAAUAUCAACAGAGGGUGAAAACAAUUCGAUGCACUUGUGGGAGUUCUCAAAUCUUCGAAUGCUUAUCGAUCACGAGAUACCGAUGUUGAGUGGCGAGAAUUUACCCUCAGUUUCGAUUCGAUUCAAUGACGAGCGACCAAUCUCAAUUCUAACCGGGAUGGAUAUUUGGCUUGAUCAUAUGAUUAAAGGACUGGAUGGAGUUGUUGUGGUGCAUCGAGAGAAAGGAAGACAAAAGGACUUUCAAGUGCAUCUCACCUCCGAGAUUCCGGCUUUGAAAGGCAGCGAGUUUGAUCCGUCUGAAUUAGCGACAGUCAUCGAGAAUAUAUACAAAUUUCUUGAUGAUAAAAUGACAGAACAAGGGCAUACUUAUUAUCUACAUCGAGUAGAGAAUUCAAACGAUUUAACCCUUUACGAUAUGACGGCAAUGUUCCCGGAUUUGGCGAGUAACACUGAAUGCAAUCCAUCACUAUCAAUUGUUGCCUGUGCAUUGAUGAAGCAAGCAAACGAUUUGCUGAAUGACGACGAUCCACCAUCAACAACCGCAAUUGAAAUCGCCUAUAAAAUGAUUCAGUCAGCAAAGUCGAUCAUUAAUGAAGAUCGAAUGCCACAUGUAGCUGCCUCAUUGAGCUACUUGCGAGCCGCACUUUAUCAAUGUGUUCCUUUGAAUCUGAACAAGGAAAAAUUCGCUCUUUCCUCAAAAAGAAGCAACAAUCUGUUUGGAUUGGAGUCGAUUUUGAUUGAAAGAACACCGCAAAUGUCGUCUUCUGUACCCGUUGAUGCUUUGCGAUCAGCGUUAAAUGUGAUCGAGGACGAUGAGGAAAAGGCUUCAACUGCGAUUCGCUGUAUCGUGCCUGGGAUCGAGUCAGGAAAACAAUGCAUUUUCAACGCAUUAACUGCCAUUGAUCAAGGUCUUAAAUUUUUGUCGAUUGUGGAAGAGCGACGUAAACGGGCAAAACAAGAGAAAUUCCCGCAGAUUCCGGUGUUCGCUGUUGGGAAAGAUGAUGAAAAUACACUGCAAAAGGAACGAAAGAAAAGUCGUGUUGGAACGGAUGUGGAAUUAUUGAAAGCACUUCUUCAUCUUCGUGCCAUUGUCGGCUAUCAUUCGGCGUCUUUGAUCUAUUUUGAGUCAGAAGGUGAUACAAAACUUUUGAUGUCUCAACCAGCGCCUGAGCAAUUCUCUCAAAAUGCUUUCCUCUUUGAAUUGUGUCGAGUGGCAUUUGCAAACUGUGCUGAAGUGAUGAGAUUGGAGUCGAGUUCACGAACAAGAAUCGCUGCAACAGUUCAGGUGGCUUCACUUUUCCGGAUCUACAUGUUAGUGAUUCUAAAUCUCUCUCACCUAUCACUAGAGGAAUUGUCUGAAAAGCUAGCCGAAGUUCGAUGCAAUGAAGUUUUCCUUAAACAAGAGAUUUGUAAAGUCAUCAUUCCAGAUUCAAACGUUUUAAAGAUUUUGGUGGACGUUGGUGAGGAGACGAUAACAGACAAGAAAUCAUUAGAUGAAUGGAUGCUAAAUGUUGGGAAUAAAUUCCGAACACUUCUCACAAAAUAUACAAAAGAAUACGAGCAAUUGGAGACAAAAUUGUUUAAAGGAAAUUUCGACUUAACUUCAAUCCGAUGCUCAAUAGCACUUUCAAUGAUGCAAUGUGGAGAAAGACAUCGAGAAGAGGGGACUCAAGAAGGAAAUGAGCAAUUAAUAAUGGAGCAUUUUCGAUCAGCCAUUCACUUUUACGAGAUCGGCAGCAAGCAUUUGGAUAUGGUUAUACAAGCGGCUUUAGAGGAAUCGAAGAAAGUCGAUGUGAUGACUUGGGAAUUGCAAAUCGCCUUGAGACAUAACGAAGCAGCAAUGCGUAGAGGACUCGUUCUACUCGAAAUCGAUUCAUUGAAAAAUGGGAAGAAAAUUGAGCAAUCAAUUCGAGAGGUUCUUUUCACCUACAUCACAUUAGAAAACUUCAUUGACAAGCAAAAUCUCGACGAUUUUCCAAUGAAAAUUCAACAGAAAGCCAAUGUGAUCAGUGAUACGAUAAGUUUCAUGCAUCGAUGCUAUUUUUAUUAUGUGAAUCGACCUGGCGGCAAAACGGGAACACAAAAAACAUCUCGUGAGAGUCAUUGCCUUGAAGAGUCAUUGGUUGGAGCAAAACGUUUGUGGGCUCUCUCUCCAAAUCUUCAACAAGAUUUGAUCACACAAAUCAAAACUCGAAUUUCUACAAUGAUCUCGGAAAUGCUUCUCCACAAUGGAUAUCUUAUUCUCAUCGCAUUGAUAAAUGAAGGAUUUUCUCAGGACGAUUGUACUUUGCUAAAAAAGAGGAUUGAGAAGAUUUCUGGUUUUUCUAGAAAAAGUUUAAACUCGAAUCUACCGCUGAAUCUUUCCGAAAUGUGUUUGACAUUUCUUCGAGCACUCAUCAAUGCCUGUAACACUGUGAAAGUGCAAGGAAGCGAUCGGAGAGCUCUUUUGACAUUGCUCAAUGUGCUAAUUGAAUUGGUUGUGAUGUUGCCGAAUUGCUCAAUAAGUCCAUUAACCCUUGAAACGGAGCUUCAGAGUCUCUACAACGACUCAUGUGUCUCAUUGCAGCAAUAUCUGCUGGGUGUUCUCUCGCAAAAGGGUACUUCUUCUAAUCAACUAAAUGAAUCAGAGAAGAAAACGGUGAAAACGAUAGCCGAUCUGGUCAUACGUCGUCCAUCUGCUUCAUCGCUUGAUUGGAAACUCUCCGCACGAACGUGGACAAAAUCGAUCUCCGCCGAGUGGUUGAGCUUU